UGCGGAACAGCUAUGGGGAAGAGCCGGGCUCGAAGGUUUAAACCUGGGUUGUUUGCCCCUACAUUGCCAGUCAGACAGUCAAACGGACACGGCGAGCAGGAAAACUGUGAGACACUGCAGGCGGAGGAGCUGCUGCAGAAGCUCCAGAGUCCCAGUCCCGAAGUAAGGGAAUUUGCUUGUGCCAGUAUCUCCAGACUUGUCCAGCUGAAAAAAGUGAUCCCAUCGUUCUUGCAGAAAGAUGCGGUCCGAUGCCUGGGGCCACUUCUGCUCGAUACGUGCCUGUCCGUACGGGAGACUGCUGCUGGUGCUUUACGAAACUUGAGCACCUGUGGUGGUUUUGACGUAUGCGAUGAUAUGGUGACCAGGGAUAUCAUGACACCAUUGGUGGUUUUGCUACGUGAGUGUGCGACUAGUCUAGAUGUCAAUAUCGAAUCUACAAUAAAAAGCAAUGAUAUUACCAAAAACUAUGUGCAAGAUAUUGCAAACCAGGCUCUUAAUGUACUGUGGAAUGUGUGUGAAAGCAGCAGUAAAGCAUUGUGUAUAUUUAACAAAGAAAGAUGUGUGGACAUUGUUCUUCAGUGUCUGAGCAAGUUCCAAACUAAUACUGAAAUGGCAAUUUCAGCAGCAUACUGCCUACAGACAGUCACAGAAGAUAAUCAAGAUCUUUUAAACUCAGUUGACACUUCUUCUCUGCAGAUGCUGGAGUCUGUGAUGUUAGCCUCAGCUAAUAACAUGGAUAUUAGGCUAUUACAGACAUUAGCUGCUGGGUCAAUUUGGAAUUUACGAGAGAGAAUUCCAUCCUCCAUGCAAGCAGAUUCGAUAACUGCCAUUCUAAGAAUCUUCGCUGAGGUUCUCACUGUUGAUGCUGGCCAAUAUAUUGUUCAGAUGAAAGAAGCAGAGUCAAAAAGGUUAAGUGCAGCCACUGUUGAGCAUGAGACUGAAGAAACUACAGCAAUUCUAGAUACUUCUUUGAAUGAAGAGGAUGAAAAGAUAGAUGGUUUCAGUAAUCAAAAGAGGCUUACGGAUAUUUCCGAUUUGAUCCCGGCUGCAAAUGAUGAGAUAAGGCAAGCUACAGCACUGUUGGUGGCACAGAAAACAGCACUGGAAAUUAUUGUAAACAUGUGCUGUAGUGAUGACCCAUCUGAUGAUGAAUGGGAGAUGCUGUCCAGCAGUGAUGAAAGUGAUUUAGGUCUUGAAAAAUCAUUGAAUGAUAGUGGUGGCCAGUUACUGUCCCCCCUUUGUCUGUCUGAUGAGGUUCACUCUGCUCUUCUUAACCAUCUUAUUCCUAAAAAGGUGUUUGAAAAGACUAGGUUUCCAAAUAGCUCUGCUUUAAAUAUCUGUCAAGAGGCCUCUCCAUGGAAACCAAUGAUUCCAAGGUUGUACACAAUACAGUACAGAGCUUUGACCUGUUUAAACAACAUCCUGUCUGUGUUUGAUGUGGAAAACCUUGGAGGAGCCUCUGCCCUGCAGGAGCUGGCUCAGCACCUCUUAGAGAUUGUUUUUACUCAGUCUGAUGUGCAAAAUCAAGAUGAAUUUUUAGAAGCAGCAAGCAGUGCUGUACGGGCCUUAUUGCAGAUAAUGGCUUCCAAAGGAAUACCACAGUGUAUGAUGCCAGAACAGAUCAUGAGUCUCUGUGAAGUUUGUGUUCAGAGUAAAAACACUAGUGCAAGAGUGAAUGCAGUCAGUAUUCUUGGUAUCACGGGUAGUGUCUUGGCUAAGACUGAAAACACAUCAGAUACAUUAAAGGCAAUUGGAUCCUUGCUUCUUGGAAUUGCUGCUAAUGACUCCUCUCUAGUGGUGUCUGGGGGUGCAUUAGAUGCACUUAUUGAUGUAUUUGCAGAUGGAGAAGAAUCUGAAAAGGCUGCAUUAGAAAUAAGUUUACUCCAGGAACUCGGAAAAAUCCAGCCAGUUUUUAAAACAAAGAUACGAAAGGAUGGAAGAGAAAAAUACAACAUGGAUCAACUGUGCGUUUUGGAUAACGUGCGAACAAAUCUGAGGCGAUUUAUAUCUUACCUUGAGAGCGUAGAGAAAAAGCACAGAUCAUGAGACUGCUGGGUUAUCUAUCUAUAUAUAUAUAUAUAUAUAUAUAUAUAUAUAUAUAUAUAUAUAUAUAUAUAUAUAUAUAUAUAUAUAUAUAUAUAUAUUAUAAUAUAUAUAUAUAUAUAUUAUAAUAUAUAUAUAUAUAUAUAUAUUAUAAUAUAUAUAUAAAAUACAUAUAUAUAAUAUGAAAUAUUCGUGUGUGUGGGGGGGCUUAUAAAUGUGUGUGUAUAUAAAAUUUAAGGUAAGAGAUUUGGAACUUGCCUCAAAACCCCAACUCCUAACAUCAAGUGAUGUUAAUGUUUUUUAUGUACACAAACAACUGUAAAAUCCAACAACUGAAUAUCUCUGAAAAUCUGACAAUUAAUUACAUUACAUAUUUUAGGAGAUAUUCAGUUGUUGGAUUUUACAGAACUUAUUAUCAACUACAGGCAGGGCCACCAUCAGGAAGGGAUAGGCUGAGGUUGUCAGUGUGUCCAGGCUGUUGUGAAAGAGGUUGGGCUUCCUGUCAGAAGGGUGUAGUUUUAAUGAACCCAGAGUGGAUUUGAGCAGUUUGGACACAUUGGGAGCAUAGCCAUGCAGGCUGUACACUUUACCCUAACCUUGAGAGGCUUGUUUGCCUGGAAGAAAUGAUCCUAGUGUUUUGUUCCUAUGCAACAGAAUGCUCAUUUAAGUGAGCAUUAAGUGAGAAAUUGUUGGAAAAUCUUUAAAGCAAAGAGGAAUUGCAGCUUUAACGCUUUUCUUCAACAGCUGGCUAACAGAAUAUCCAUCUGUUACUCUUUGUAUCAGUAUUUUUAGCAUUUUGAUUGAUGUGCUGACAUCCUAGGGUUGUUACAAUAUAAAAUCCCGUAUUUAUGAAAAUACUUUGCCAAUAAAAUAUUUAUAAUUCCUUGG